GCGCGGUGAUAUUUUUAAUCUGACCACAGAGCCUGUUAACUCGCUGCUGCUGUUUCCUCGAAACUGAAGACAGCUCUGACAGAAGUGCCUUGUGCCUUUUAGCAUAGUUCUUCAUCCUCAGUGUGAUACUAACCGCUGUAGGGUAGUACCCCAGGCCACUUGGAGCAGAGACACCCCCAGGUCCCAGACAGCGGGCCCCCACUUCAUGGCCCCGUGGCCCUGUGUGUCCUGACAUGCCAGGCAGCAGCAGCAGCACAUGCCAAGCCCCAACAGGCCAGCUAUGGAGCAGCAAGCCUGGAUACUGAGGGGCUUCCUGGCUCAAGUGGAGAGCAAGGAGGCUGAGGUGGAGGAGGCGGAGAGUGGCUUCACCGGGGAGUUCUUGUGCAUCUACAGAUGGAAAAUCUGGACUGUCCAGAUAAAGUCUGACCAACGCCGCCUCGGGCCACCCCAUGGUCCUGUUCCCAUGGAUGGCAUCACCUGUGGACCAUCGCCAUGGUGAGGAGUGACACCUCUGUGACUGAGGGUGUUGGGCCUACUCUCCUCUCUCUCCGCACGCCGCCCUGCUUGUGUCAUGCCCCUGCCGUCCUGACCACCCGGGGGGAACAGAGCUCACAUCACUUCCUUGUGGAACAAAAAGAGCUCUAUGGUCUGCAGGGUGCAGAUGUCUGCUCCCUGCCUGCUCUGCAUCAGCCUUGUGUUCGGGCCGUCUGUGAGAACUGGGCCUGAACAAAAAGACCAGUGUGUUUGAGAUACAGAGGACCAGGAACGUGCACUCUGGGGCUUUAUUUGGAGUGUCACUCAUUCACUACUAAUUGGAAUGGAGUCACUGAUGACUAGAAGUUCUCUCUUGGCUAGGGCUGUUUCUAAGCUAAUGUCUGUACGUUUGAGCCAUGCCAGAGCUGACAAAAAGCUUUGGCAGUAGUAGUGGUGUCACAGUGUACAGGGCGUGACUAUAACACUGAAUUUAGCUCUGGGGAGGAGUGACAACUUAUUGCAGUUCAACUGUCUCUCCUCUCAAUUAACACUGAAGAGAAUUGUAAAUGCAAACCAUGGUGGGCAGGUACUAGACUCAAACAUGGGAACUGUGACAACGGCAACCUCAUUGUCUAUGGCUACUUGCUUCCAGUUCCCCAGAGGAACAAGAGGCUCAAACGCCAGUCCACCAAGUACCGCACUGACAAAACCUACCCCACAAAGAUAGCAGAUAAGCAGGAGAACGUGAAGAAGAACCGAUACAAGGACAUUGUUCCCUUUGACCACAGCAGAGUGAAACUGUCCCUCACCACCUCCAAGAACGAUAAUGACUACAUCAAUGCCAGCUUCAUCAAGGGAGUGUCAGGGGCCAGGGCCUACAUUGCCACCCAGGGCCCUCUUCCCCACACCGUGCUGGACUUCUGGAGGAUGCUCUGGGAGUACGACACAGAGGUCAUAGUGAUGGUUUGUAGGGAGUUUGAGAUGGGCAGGAAAAAGUGUGAGCGCUACUGGCCAAAGAAACAAGAGGAACCUUUUGUGUGUGACCCGUUUACUAUUUACUGCGACUCAGAGGAGAGUAAAGGAGACUAUGUGAGCAGGAACCUAAGAGUGACCUACCGCAAUUGGAGUCGUACCCUGAGACAGCUGCACUAUAUCAACUGGCCAGACCACGGGGUCCCAGACACCAUCCCUCCCAUCCUGGAGCUCCUGCAGGAGAUGAGAGCUUACCAGGCCCAUGAGGAUGUACCCAUCUGUAUCCACUGCAGUGCUGGCUGUGGAAGAACAGGAGCACUGUGUGCCAUCGACUACACCUGGAACCUGGUGAAAACACAGCUGCUCACAGAAGAAUUCAACAUCUAUGACCUGGUCAAAGACAUGAGAACACAGAGGCCUUCUGUGGUUCAGACCAAGGAACAGUACGAGCUACUAUACAGAACCAUCAAGUUCCUGUUUGAGAAGUACCUGCAGUCCAUGGCACCAGUCCCCCCUUCCUGUACCGAGGAGGUGCCAGCGGCCCCCUCACCCCCUACAGCCAGUGACAGUGAGCUCUCUGACCUCAGUGAGGAGUCUGAAGCUGAACAGGAACCUAAAAUGGAACCACAGGCAGAACACAGGCACACAGAGAGCGAGGAGCCUGGUGGGAUAUCCAAUCACGGCAUACCAGUGGCCUUCUUUGCCCCAGAAGUGCAUGUUGACCCACUGUGUGACACGGCUAAGUGCUCCCCCUCAGCCAUCCUCAAUGCUCUGAGAGCUAGGGACAGCCAGAGGGAACAGCAGAAACCAUACUCCCUACAAACACAGACUGUGAACCAGAAACCACAACACCGCAAGAAACAGCCCAAUAACAUGGCCGUCAAUCAGAGACCACCAUAUCCGCUACCGACACAGCCUAAUUACCAGAGACCUUAUUUCCUACACACACAGCCUGCUAACCUGCCCACCAGCCAGGACCUGAGGCAAGAGCCCAGCCCCUGUAUCCCCAUCAUAACCCCUCAGGAGUUCUCUCAGAUAGCCAUGGAGCAAGAGAAGUUGGAGAUGGAUAGAGAGAUCACCCCACUGGAAAUACCAGUGCUUCCUGUGGACUUAUUCUCCAACUCUCUCUGUCUCACCAUGGAGGACCCCUACUUUGGGCCUGACUCACCCCUGGCUGCUCAGGAUCCCAAAGGGUUUGAUGAUGAGGAGGAGCAGGCUCCACUGAGCCAGUGGACAGAGAACCCCUGUUUCAACGGACCCAGCCUGACCCUUAACAGCCAGCCGAUGGAGCUGCCAGCCCUCACCACCACCAACGCUGCCCCGGGUGCAGUUUCUUCAGAUGAAGACAGUCCACCUCCAUUACCCGAGAGAACUGCUGAAUCAUAUGUACUGGCUGCUGGUGCAGAGCGCUCGGAUAACAUCUCUAAACCUAAGAUGUUAGAAAUCAUCCUCCCUUCUAAUGCUGAAGCUGAGGCCCUCAGUGGGGGGGAUGGUGAGUGGAGGAAUGGGAGUCCCCUGUCGCCUAUCCCCCCACUGCCAGAGAGAACGCCAGAGUCCUUUGUGUUGGCCAACGAUGCCGGUAGGAGCACUCCUGUCUUCCCUCCCCUCUCAGUCCCUGUAGAGAAGAUGGUCCAGGACAGGCCAAAGGAUAGCAGGAUUGGAACAUCCUCGGAAUGGUGUGGCCAUUUAGGGGACGCACCAGCUCUGGUGGAGAAGAGAUCUUGGACGAGGAGCAGGAGCUUAAAAGUUAAAAUGACAACACUCUCAGUUUCACCCCAGGUUACAGUAUCACCCCCGGUUACAGUGCCUCCCCUAGUUGUAUCUUCGGUUCCUGCUCCCUGUACAUCUAUAAACCUUCCUCCUCCCCCUCCCCCUCCCCACCCUCUGGUCCCUACUCUCUCACCUCCAGAGAGACUGACUCCGCCUCUACCUGAGAGAACCCCAGAAUCCUUCAUGGUGGUCAUGCAGGACGGUGAGCACAUCUCUUCAUCCCCACCACCUUCGCAAUCAUCACUUGCAUUUGAUCAAAACAGCGCCCCCUGCCUGCAGAGUCUGAGCAGCCAGACCACAACCACACAGCAGAGGAUCGGUACGUCCUCAGAGUGGUCGGGGAACUCCCAACCCAAAAGAUUCCUGGAUGGAAUCAUGAAUCGGAGCAAGAGUGUCCGGGCAAAGAGUUCACGGCAAGAGCACCUGGCGACUGUUCAUCUGGUUGCUCCAGCCGUUGCUACAGCAGGAAGUGCUGAGAUGGAGCACCAGCAGUCGGUGGUCAACAGCAUCUCAACCAGCUCUGGUACUGCUGACAACAAAUCAGACAAGGACAGUGGGAAGGGCAUGUCUAGAACAAAGAGCCUGAAGUUCUUCAAGUACAGACAGAAACCAAAGACAGCCCCCCCACCAGCAACAGCCCACUCUGGAUCACCUCCUCCUUAUGGUGCCUCUGCCUCAUCAUCAGUGUUCAAAUUUGGAUUUGGGAGUCGUUUUGUGAAGCCUAAAGGGCCAAGGACUCACCCCGAGACGUGGUUUUAAGGCAGCCAGUCAACAAAGCUGGACACGUCUGGCCACUGUCCUGAGAUCACAGGGCUGGAACCCUGCAUGUGGCUAGUCGAUACCGGCUACUCAACUGAACCAGUGAUAGCCUGGUCCCAGGCCUGCUGGUGCCGUUUUUCCAACUCCUGUGUCAUUAUCAAGUGAGACCAGUGACCGUUCCCAGACUAAUUAUCACAGUGUGAAGGAAGAGUAUUUCAUGAAGACAUGGAGGAUGACAUACUGUACUGUAGCAUUCUCCCUCUGCAUCGAUUCUGGAAGGACACAAGCACGGUUUCUCAAACUGCUGUUACGGCUCGGUGAUCAAUCUCUGAUGAGAUACCUUUUACAGAACCACCUGCUAUUCAUGACAAAUUGAUUGUACUGUGGUUGCGAAAAACGCAAAUCACAUGUUGGCAAAAGGAUGGAUGAGUUGAUAAAUAUGUUUAAGAGAGGGCUACUUUUUACUAUUUUGCCUGGUCAGGUACUUUAAAUGGUUGAUAAUACAUGUUAUAUCCAGAUAGUUUUACAUGCCUUUUGUUUGUGUAGUCUACUUUUGAUCCAGACAAAAGCUAGAUCUACACCUGCACUGUUCAGUGUGAAUGUUACCCACCACGAUGGGACAACUGUUUGUAGGAUAAAUACAUUUGUACCGGUAAUAUUUUGAGAUAAGUGUGUGAGAUAAGACCGAUACUGUAUGUACGUCACGUGUAAGUUGGUGGAUGCGUUUUCUUUACAGGCUAUAAUUUAAAAGCAAAUCCAAGACCAAUUGCUGUAAAUUUACCCAUUGAUGAGGAUCACUGAUUUCUUCUCUAUAAUGCUUACAAAAGUAAUGCCACUCAGUUGUUUCAUACAUAAUACAGGCAUACAGUUAUUUAUUUUUUUUAAACACAGGAAAAGUUGAUGCAUUCCAUUGUGUGUUUUCUCAAUUUACAUGACUGAUCACACUUAAACAUACAUCUAUUAAAUGUAACUUAUUAUUUUUACC